UCCCCGUUUGAUGACAGCUGUGCGCUGUGGCUGUUGCUAAAGGGAGGUGAAAAUCUCACGACGGAGGGCUUUUUAUCUCUUUCAUUCGCAGCUAGGACCUUUGGAGGACUGAAACGACAACUAAACUGUAAAACCCACCCAUACCAGUCGCGACUGAAUCACUACUUCACACCCAGCCGUCAAAUUAUUCGGGCCGUGGCUGAGCUGAACGAUGGUGAAGCCAGACAUUCACACUCUGGCCCACCACCUGAAGCAGGAACGGCUGUACGUGGCGUCAGAGAAGCAGCUCAUCCAGCGGCUCAACAACGAGGUGCUUAAGACAGCAGAGAGGCUCUACCGCGCAGCCUGGAUCGCCAAGCAGCAAAGGAUCAACCUCGACCGCCUCAUCCUCACCAGUGCGGAGGCCUCUCCUGCGGAAUGCUGUCAGCAUGCCAAGGUUCUGGAGGACACACAGUUUGUGGAUGGUUAUAAGACACUGGGCUUUCAGGAGAGCAUCUAUGGGGAGUUCUUGGGCCGCUUGAGGGAGAACCCACGAUUGGUGGCAUCCUGUCUGGUGGCAGGAGAGAGACUCAAUCAUGAACAUACGCAGGGGGUCAUACACACAGUCUUCACCUCACUCUAUGGCAACUGCAUCAUGCAAGAGGAUGAAUGCUACCUGCUGCAGGUGCUACGUUAUUUGGUGGAAUUUGAGCUAAAGGAAAGUGACAACCCUCGUCGUCUGUUACGGCGAGGCACGUGUGCCUUCAGCAUCCUCUUCAAACUCUUCUCUGAGGGCCUGUAUUCAGCUAAGCUUUUCCUCACUGCAACCCUCCACGAGCCCAUCAUGCAAUUGCUGGUGGAGGACGAGGACCAUCUAGAGACAGAUCCAGCCAAACUGAUAGAGCGCUUUACCCCGGCCCAGCAGGAGCGACUAUUUGGUGAAAAAGGCACAGAUGAGUACCGCCGGAAAGUUCAGGCAGCGGUGGAGGCCAACGAGGCCAAGCUGGUGGCCUUGGUCAACACUUUUAUUGGCUACCUGAAGCAGAACACCUAUUGCUUCCCACAGAGCCUGCGCUGGAUUGUGUCACAGAUGUAUAAGACGCUGGCACGUGUGGAGAGGUUAGAGGUCGGGGAGGUGAGGACGAUGUGCACUGACUUGCUGCUCACCUGCUUCAUCUGUCCAGCCAUUGUCAAUCCUGAACAAUACGGCAUCAUCUCAGAUGCUCCAAUCAAUGAGGUGGCACGUUUCAACCUCAUGCAGGUGGGGCAGUUGUUGCAGCAGUUAGCCAUGUCUGAUGCGGAUGAUGGUGAUCCUCGACGUAAAAGCAGUUUAUCCAAGUUUGAUAAGACAUGUGUUGCUGCCUUUUUGGAUGUCGUAAUCGGUGGAAGAGCAGUGGAGACACCACCUAUGUCGUCAAUGAAUUUAUUGGAGGGCCUCACACGGACAGUGGUUUACAUGACUCAUAAUCAGCUUUUAGCUCUGGUGGACUUUGUGCGUAGUGUCACUGCUGGAGAUCAGCUCAGAGAAGAAGACCACCUGGCUUUGGAAACCCUACUAGCCAAUGUACCUCAGUCCCGCACGACAAAGAGCAACAGCCUGGAGCUCACGCCCUCUAACACGCCCCAGCUCUCCCCAGCUACCACACCCGCAAACAAGAAGAACAGACUUCCUAUUGGACAACAGUUGGCAGCCAUAACGUGUUGGGAGCCCUCUGCCACUGCCCUGUCCGCUCAUAUACCCUUAGUAACCCCAUUUGCAGGCUCUCGCAGCCGAAGCCGAUCUAACAUGGCCCAGGAGGGUGAGACUGAAGCCAGCUCCCAGGAGUCUCUGCAGGAGGUCACACCUGAGGAUGUGCUAGUCAUCUCGUUGGGCACCUCACUGCAGACUGUACCUGGAAUGAUGUCUGAAAAUGAGGUUCUGACUUUGCAUCUUGGAGAUGGUGGACAAGGAGACGCCCCUGUUGAUGACACCAAACUGCACGGCAAACCUGACAAAACGCUGCGCUUCUCACUCUGCAGUGACAACCUGGAGGGCAUUUCUGAGGGGCCGUCUAACCGCUCCAAUUCAGUUUCUUCUUUGGACUUGGAAGUGGAGUCUGUGUCAGAAGGAGGACCAGGGCCCUCUGGUAGUAAUGGUGCAGAGGCCUUACAGCUACUGGAACAUGAACAAGCCACUACACAGGAUAAUUUGGACGAUAAGCUACGUAAGUUCGAGAUUCGGGACAUGAUGGGACUAACAGAUGACAGAGACAUUUCUGAGACUGUCAGUGAAACUUGGAGCACUGACGUCCUGGGCAGUGACUUUGAUCCCAACAUGGAUGAGGACCGACUGCAGGAGAUAGCAGGCGCUGCGGCAGAGAACGCCUUGGGCAGCAUGCUGUGUCUGCCGGUGCUUCUGGACCCGUAUGGAUCUACCAUCUCUGAGACGACGAGCGAGGCGUGGAGCGUGGAGGUUCUGCCAAGUGACUCAGAAGCUGCAGACCUGAAGCAGGAGGAACGAUUGCAGGAGCUGGAGAGCUGCUCAGGUGUGGGUAGCACUUCAGACGACACCGAGGUCAGAGAGGUCAGCUCCCGACCCAGCACCCCGGGACUCAGUGUCGUUUCAGGCAUCAGUGCCACGUCAGAGGACAUCCCCAAUAAGAUUGAAGACCUACGCUCAGAGUGCAGCUCAGAUUUUGGAGGCAAAGACUCCGUGACCAGUCCAGAUGGAGAAGACUCUGCUCAUGGAGCUCACAGUCUAUCCUGUGCACCCUCUCAAGCAGAUUCACUGCUGGCCAUGUUCGAUCCUCUCUCCUCUGGAGAAGGUUCAUCCACUGGCACCAUUGUGCGGCCCAAGGUGCACUAUCCUCGGCCCCCUCACCCUCCCCCUGACCCGCCUAUUCCAGAGGCCAGCAUAACGGGCCACCAAGAGCCUCGUCCGCCCCUCUUCGCCCCCCACCUAGUGCAGAGUGACCUGGAGCAUCCCAAGCAGAGGCACUCCUACCCUGAAAGGCUGGUCAGGAGCCGCAGCACAGAUGUGGUGUCCGCUGGCCGCAGACCCAACAGUGAUCCCGGACUGAACCGCAGGACCAUGAUGGAGGAGAGAGACCCGGCUGGGGCUUAUUCCACUGGACCCACCUCUUCUCCUAGCAAGGAUUCACUCAAAGGAGAGUCUGAGGACAGGAAGGACAGUGAUGAUGAGAAGUCUGAUAGGAACAGACCCUGGUGGAAGAAGCGCUUUGUUCCUGCCAUUCCUAAAGUGCUCUAUUGGACUGCAGAGGGUGAACUCCCAGUGCCAAUUGGCGGGCUCCGAAAGCGAGACAAGACCGAAAAAGAUGAGCAAGGAGCGGAGAGGGUACCACAAGGAAUACCAGAUGAGCCUUCAGCGCUCAGACAGAGCUCUAAGGCCCAGUCAGCAGAGGCAAUAAUCGACAAAUACAACAAGUACAUCAUGGAGAAGCGACCUGCCCACAGUGAUGGGGCAGUUGCUGGAAACUAUGUUGGACAAGAGCAUUGUAGAGAAGGAGACGACGACUCUCCUAAAGAUGAAGGUCUGCAGAACAUCUCUGCAGAUGACCUUCCAGACUCUGCCAGUCAGACAGCGCCACCUCAGGACAGGACUUUCUCCUUCAGUGAUAUUAAGAAAAAGCUACGCCUGGCGCUGUGCUCUGCAGAUUCAGUUGUAUUUCCCAUCAUUCCACCGGCAACAACGCGCAACGGUCUACCAGACCAUGCAGAUCCCGAAGACAACGAGAUCGUGUGCUUUCUGAAGGUGCAGCUGGCGGAGGCCAUUAACCUGCAGGAUAAGAACCAGAUGGCUCAGAUCCAGGAGACUACGCGCUGCGUCAGCCACCUCGACCCCCGCACCUGCAGAAAACUGCUCACUGCCAUGGCAGAGGACUACAGGAAACGGGCUCCGUACAUCGCCUAUCUGACACGGUGCAGGCAAGGCCUGCAGACGUCUCAGGCUCAUCUGGAGCGACUCCUGCAGAGAGUGUUGAGAGAUAAAGAAGUGGCCAACCGUUACUUUACCACCGUCUGUGUCCGACUGCUCCUGGAACACAUGGAGUCAAAGAUGCUUGACUUCAUCAAAGCAUUUCAGGGCUGCACAGCAGCUGAUGAUAAGACAGCAGCCGUGGAGGAUUUCCUGCGUUACCUGUAUGGAGCCAUGGCCCACGAUGCCAUCUGGCAGUACGCCAGUGAGGAGCAGCUCCAGGACGCCCAGAUGGCCAUCGAACGCAGCGUCAUGAACCGCAUCUUCAAACUGGCAUUCUACCCCAAUCAGGAUGGGGACAUCCACAGAGAUGAGCUAUUCCAUGAGCACAUUCAGCGUCUGUCCAAAGUGGUGACAGCCAAUCACAAAGCCCUGCAGAUCCCAGAGGUGUAUCUGAAGGAGGCACCUUGGCCCUCUGCACAGGCUGAGAUCAGGACCAUCAACGCCUAUAAGACCCCACGAGACAAAGUACAGUGUAUCCUGCGCAUGUGCUCUACAAUUAUGAACCUGCUCAGCCUGGCCAAUGAGGACGCUGUACCCGGGGCGGAUGACUUUGUCCCUGUGCUCGUCUUUGUCCUGAUUAAAGCAAACCCACCCUGCCUUCUGUCCACCAUUCAGUACAUCAAUAAUUUCUACGCCAGCAGGCUGAGCGGGGAGGAGUGCUAUUGGUGGAUGCAGUUCACUGCCGCCGUGGAAUUCAUUAAAACCAUCGACGAUCGCAAGUGAAGCAGAACAGCCACCUGUAUGGGCAGACUGUAGGAAGGAGAGAGCGAGAGCGAGAGAGAGAGAGAGAGAGAGGACAGCGCGGACGACUACUCUCCCCUUCAUCAAGAACGCGCAUCGCCUCAGUCUGUAUAGCUGUACAUAGAGGCAAAAACACUUCAAGUUUAAAAUCGAUCAAACAUUAAGAUAUGAUCAUGACAGGUUUUACUAUGCUGGGGUAUUAAAUGAAUAAAAACAAAUAAUGCGGCACUGCCGCUCUCUACUGAUCUCACUUAUAACCCGUCUUUUUCUGUAGUACUGGGGAGGUGCUGGGGCUUAGAAUCAAAUUUUAUAUUAAACACAUAUUAAGCAAGUAAUUAGCUCUAUUAAAACAUACCUAUCGAAUGAAAAAGGGACCAGGAACUACCUGCAAUGAUAAGGUGUCGGGACGCUUCAGAGGGGAAUCCGUGAUUCUGUCCUCCUUGUAUAAACCGUGCAAUCUCACCCCGUUCAAAGCUAAAACAGUCACGUCAAGUCAUAUCAAAGAACGCAUCACUAUAGAUGCUGCCAAUGUAUCAAUGUUACAGUUUAUCAAAUUAAUCAUGCCAUUAUUUUAAUAGGGCAGCUUGUUCUAUGAAUGUAAACAGGUGUUGUCAUUAUUGUACAUUCACUCUUUCCUACGUUUCCCAGACAAUUUGGAAAUAAGGGCCCACAUAUUUAUAUAAAAUAAAAUGUAUUUAUUACUUAACUCCUGUAUUUAAUCUUUUAUUAUAUUUACAGACUUGGAAUUAGUUGUUGGGCAGAUGCACACGGUUCGGUCGAGGAAACAAGUUCUACAAUCUCACAGAGAGCUGCUAAAACAGGGUGUCUUCACAUUAGCGGAUAGAGUUGUAAAUUAGUGCCUUGCAGAUAUUUGCAGUAACACUUGUUCUUUUCGUUUCGGUGGACUUUCUGCCACGUCUCGCGUUUCUUGCGUCUUCCUUGAAGUGAGGAAGUCGAAUCUUUCAAAGCAAGCCUGGCUAAACGUCACUAUGCUAUUAAUAACAAACCUGAAAUAAAUACAACAACAUGCCAAGUAGAAACACCCCGCAUUUGGAUGUUCAGUACGUGGAUUGUUAGUGUUGAAAAGGUGGACAAUUGACUGCUGGGUCUUACAGUACCUGAAAGUUACUGCUGUUGUCCCCAGAAAAUAUAUAUAUAUUUUUUUCAGUUUGCUACUGACCUUUACUUGUUUAAAUUCCAUGUUUUGUUUCAGAGUUCUUACUUUUGUAGGAUUAAAUCAUUGUUAUUUUUAUAAUGCAGUUCCCAAGUAAAACUAUGAGUUAGGAGGAAUAUUUUGUGUAAUUUGAGGUUCACCUCAGAAAAAAAAGUGCAGAAAUGGCUUGUCCUACACUUAUUUACCCCAAAAGCGACUCUAAGGUACAAAUACUCACCUUUUAGGUGUAAAUAAGGUUUCACUUUGACAAUACAGUUGAGGUCAAAAGUUAUCAGAAUCUGCAAAAUGUUAAUUUUACCAAAAUGAAAGCGAUCAUACAAAAUGCACGUUAUUGUUUACAUAGUACUGACCUGAAUAAGAUAUUUCCCAUAAAAGAUGUUUACAUAUAGUCCACAAGAGAAAAUAUUUGUUAUAAUUGAUAAAAAUGUUCCUGUUCAAAAGUCUACAUACACUUGAUUCUUAAUACUGUGUUGUUACCUGAAUGAUCCACAGCUGUGUUUUUUUUGUUUAGUGAUAGUUGUUCAUGAGUCCCAUGUUUGUCCUGAAAAGUUAAACUGCCUGCUGUUCUUCAGAAAAAUCCUUUCAGCAUUUUUGUGUAUUUGAACCCUUUCCAACAAUGACUGUAUGAUUUUGAGAUGCAUCUUUUCACACUGAGGACAACUGAGGGACUCGUAUGCAACUAUUACAGAAGGUUCAAACGCUCACUGCUGCUCCAGAAGAACCAGGAGGUGAAAACUUUUGAACAGAAUGGAGAUUUGUACAUUAUUUUGCCUAAAUAUUAUAUUUUUGCCAUUUAGUACUGCACUUCAGAAGCUACAGAAGAUAGUUACCUGUUUCCUAGAAGACAAAAUAAGUUAAAUUUACCCUAAUCUUCAGGUCAAUACUAAAUAAGCAAUAACAUGCAUUUUGUAUGAUCCCUCUCAUUUUGGUAAAAUAUUUAACAUUUGCAGAUUCUGAAAGGUAGAUGUAAACUUUUGACUUCAACUGUACGUCCAAGUGACAAGUUGUUGUACCCCUAAAGGUACAGUACAAUUCUUGCUUUUUUUUGUGACACUGUGUGACACUUAUAAAAAAAUGUUUGUGUUUAGAUAGCGAAGAACAUUUUAACACUGUGGCAUCAUUAUCAAUCCUAGUGUAUUGAUGUUGAGGAGAAUAUAUGUAUUGAUACAGGCUACCUCGUGUCAUAACCCCUAACAGCUAGCACAUAUUCUUCAUAACAUUUUUUUGCUCCUGAUAUCAAAUGAAUUACAGCACAGUAUAUUAUUUAAACAGGAAUAUAGAAUAUCACGCUCUGUAUUAUUAAAUUACCUUUAUAAGAUCCAAACUUCCCACUAACCUUUGCACACUAGUAGAACUACAACGAAAGAAAUGUAACGUACACUUAAUAUUUUAUGUGGUUGUCAGAGGUUCCCCACUUCAAAUCUGUCUUUUAAUGUUGCUCCUAAACAUCAGAGGGCUGGGUGUCGGUUUUGAUCCUAUAUAUAGUAGAUGCACUUAGAACAAUUAGUUCUACCUCCAACUGUGUAUAUAAAGGGAUGAAUAAAAUGUUGUAAUGCGUUCUUUUCCUCUAGCUUUUGUAGACUUUAGAGCUCUGUAUAUACUUUUUCCUUUUCUUUCUGAUUUGGUGCAUGAACUCAAUAUCGCCGGUUGCUAACAUGUAUUUCUCUGUAAUACGAAGAGCUUCAGAUGCAAGACUCUUGAUUCGCAGUGCACUUCGGAACAACACUGAUAUUCUGUGUAACAUUUAUAUUCUAUAUAAAUGUUCAGAACAAAAUAUCUUUGUGUUUAUUCGUUUAAAUUGUGUAAUGUGAAAUUGGGUGUUAUUGAUCAAACAUCUCAAUAACUCGAAUGGUUCAGGCUAUCAGACUGUUUUGGUGCUGUUUGUUUGCAGCGUUGCAUUUUUUUCCCCCUUACAGCAGCAAUGUUGCAUUUGGUGGUAUAUUCUGCAUCUUGGUGAGAUCAGUUGCCAAAGGAAUCAAAGACUUUAUAUUUUCAUUUUUGUGUAUAAAGCCUGUCCUAACUAAAAUAUGCACCUUGAAGGUUGUGUAACCUAUGGCAAAUAUUUGAAGAGGACUUAUUUCUGUCUUUUUUUUUUUUCCUAACA